UUGCAGGUAGGAUCAAAUGAUAAUCGCGACAGUGCGCGCAUCGAAGUGGAGUUUGAAGAUUACGGAAGUAUCGUGGAAUUCCCAUCAUCAGAGGCAGUCAGCGAAUAUGUUAAAAAGCUGAGUUCUCAUGACUCAGGAGUCCCCGUUCCCUGCUCAUCAUUUCCACCAGGCUGUGGGUUUGAACAGUUUCUGGUUUCAUUUGCUUCUCAGAACGCCGAAAUGAUAACAGACAGCCAGAUUGAACGACUCUGGGAAGCGAGAGAGUUAAUAGCGCGAUACGGACCAAAUUUGCUUCCACUUAUUGCACGCUCCGUGCUCAUCUGGAACAGGAGAGACGAGUUGUCACGUAUGCGCGAGCUGCUCACACGUUGGGGUAGAAUUAAGCCGGAGACUGCGCUGCAGCUGCUCGAUUUCAAAUAUGCUGAUGGAAAGGUGCGAGAAUUUGCAGUGGCUUGCUUAGAUGAAUCGCUUGACAACGACAGACUGCAUCUUUAUGUGAUGCCUUUGGUCCAGGUGUUGAAAUAUGAACCAUUUGGUUCCUGUGCUUUGGCCAGAAUGCUUUUAAAAAGGGCACUUUGUAAUUAUCGUAUUGGACAUAUAUUGUUCUGGCUAUUGCGUGCUGAAUUGGGACAACUAAGUGAAAUUGGCCAAGAAUUAACAAAAACUUAUAAACGUUUUGCGUUGUUAAUUGAAGCUUAUUGUCGAGGCAAUUACAGCCAUUUGCACUCGAUGUUGCGGCAAGUAGAUAUGGUUGCAAGAUUGACAAAUCUGAGUAAAAUCAUCAAAUCAAUGAAGGACAAAGAAUGCGCCACUAAACAUUUACAAAAAGAACUGACAUCCUAUGUGGAAAUAAUGCAGAAUAUGAUCUCGCCGCUUGACCCUUCUGAUAGUCUCGGUGCACUAAAGACUGAAAUGUGUAAAGUGAUAGGGAGCGCAAAGCAGCCACUGCGACUCACUUGGACAAAUCCGGAGCCUCUCGCUCGAUUACACAGUGAAACGCAUGAAAUUAUUUUCAAGAAUGGCGACGAUUUGCGACAAGACAUGCUCACUCUACAAGUAAUGCGUAUAAUGGACGCGUUUUGGAAAAGUCGAGAUUAUGAUUUAUGUUUGAGCAUAUAUGAAGUGCUUCCGAUGGGAAGAAAUGUUGGCAUGAUUCAUGUUGUGCAGAACUGCAAUACUCUUUUCGAAAUUCAGUGUGCAGCAAAACAGCUUGGCUCAACAUUCAGCAUGGAUUGCGGAGUGAUCAACAAGUACAUUCGGAACUGCUCUGGGGACACCAAACUAUACUUGGAAGGAGUAGAUCGUUUCACUGCUUCCUGUGCAGGUUACUGUGUCGCAACUUAUGUACUGGGAAUUAAAGACAGACACCAAGAUAAUAUUAUGCUCGCCAAAGAUGGGAGGCUGUUUCACAUUGAUUUUGGGCAUUUUCUGGGGCACUAUAAAAAGAAGCUAGGCAUCAACCGUGACCGCGUGCCCUUCGUGCUCACUGAUCAUUUCCUGUGCGUCAUCGCCAAAGGAAAAGCCAAUUAUCAGGAAAGUCACGAGUACAAGAAAUUCAAGCAAUUAUGCACAGACGCAUAUUUGAUAUUGCAUGAGCGCGCCAAACUGUUUGUCUCGUUGUUUUCGAUGCUACUGUGUAUGGGACUUCCUGAACUACAAACGGUUUGCUGA